UUCCGUAUUUAUUCGCGUAAUAAAUAAUACCCGCCGGAGUCCUGUCCGGAGACCAGAACCGGGAAGAGUUGAUAGCUUCGUUACAUUUUGAUAAGAAAAAAAAGCUUAUUCGACAGCGAGUGAAAUUCAGAAUUCCGAAACUAAGCGAGGGACGUUCUUUUUGGAUGAAAAAAAACGAAAAUGAAUCUGAAGGCAAGCGAGUUGAUCGAGAACGCUGCGACUGUGUUCAACGAGGACGAAUAUCACUCGUGGGAGCGUCGAUGUGAGGAGUGUAUUGAAUCGUUGAGGGAAGAGUGUCAAAGGUGUGAGAACCCAACUGGAACGGUCAAUUCUCUUGUUGCUUUGAUCGCGCGUCUAGAGGGAGCGAGGACCGAACUGCGAGGUCGUUUAGUUCAUACUGGUGCAGGUCACAAUGGAUUUACAUGGUUGGAGAUUGAGACAGCUUUUCGGAGGCGGGUACUCACAGGUGCGGUAAUCAAUUCCCGCUACAUUGAGCCUAGGCGAUUUCUCGAGGACGCUAGAGACAUGGUGAUUGAGAAGGUACGCGAGAAUAUGAAUAGACACGCUUGUGUGAAAAUCAACACCGUGUUCAAUGGGGAAUUCCUUGCGAAUAAAAAGACUGCUGUAAAGAGCAUCACCACGAAAAACCGACAGCUCUUUCCUACCACAGAUCUGCUUGAAUGGUACAACAAGACAGUGAUCGAUACGACUUUGGCUGCAUUGGAGGAGUUUCAGGAGCGUGACAGUGGGUGGGCGUUGUCACGCAUAAUGAAUUUAAUGAUUAAUGUUAACAGAUGUAAUCCUAUGCGUGUUGGAUGUUGGAUUGAUAUGCCGCCAGUGAUAAAGUUGAAGAGAGCGGUCGUGAACGUGAAAUCACUGGAUAACGCAUGUUUCGCGUGGGCUGUGGUUGCGGCUUUGUAUCCCGCUGAGAAGCAUACCUCGAGAUGCAGUCAGUAUCCCGAUUAUCAAACGGUGUUAAAGCUCGACGGAAUAGACUUUCCUAUGACCCUGAAACGAAUUUCAAGAUUCGAACGUUUAAACGAUAUGUCCAUCAAUGUGUUUACCAUGAAGGAUGAAAAAAAGGAUGGAACGAUCGUUCCUCUGCGUCUCACUGAUCAUAAAAGAGAUAUUCAUAUAAAUUUGCUGUAUCUGUCGGAUACGCGAAACUACGUUCACGAGGGUCAUUUCGCGUGGAUAAAGAAUUUAUCGCGAUUGGUUGGAAGUCAGUUAUCCGGAGGAAAGCACAAGAAGUAUAUUUGCGAUCGGUAAGUACCUCGAGAAAGAGAGAGAAAUGUGAAUUGUUUACAUUGUAUAAUGCAUUCCAGAUGUCUGCAUUACUUCCACUCGAGGGAACGAUUGUCCAUUCACAUCGUGGAUUGCGAAAGGAUGAACGAAUGCGCGAUCGUUCUUCCGAACGAGGAUGACAAAUGGCUCGACUUUCGCAACUACGAACGAAAAGAGACUUCCCUACGUGAUAUACGCCGAUUUGGAGUGCGCGUUAGAGAAGGAGGAGGAGGAGAGCGAAUUAAUACCACGAAACGGAUUUACUUAUCAACAUCAUACAGCAUUCAGCGUUGGCUACUACUUGCGAUGUGUACUAGACGAGAAUGCGUCGACGUACAAAUUUUAUCGUGGUGAAGACUGCAUAUCAUGGUUCGCGCGAGAAUUGAACGCUCUCGCGCAUCGCGCGAAGCAGACUCUCGACGCGAUCGUGUCUAUGACGCAGCUCACGUCAGACGAGGAGCGUAGCUUUUGGAACGCGACUCUUUGUCAUAUAUGUGGAAAACCGUUUGACAUGGGGG